CCGCCCGACGGUGCCGCGCCCUACCGAGCAGCCUGGGCCAAGCGCCUGGCGCGGCGUCUGCGAGGACUGUGGGGGACAAGACUCAUGGAAGAAAGCAACACCAGCAGAGAGCGAUAUCUGAAAAGUGUUUUACGGGAGUUGGUUACGUACAUGAUUUUCCUUGUGGUCUUGUGUGUCCUGACUUAUGGGACAGUGAGUUCCAAUAUGUACUAUUACACAAGGGUUAUGUCACAGCUCUUCCUGGAAACACCUGUAUCGAAAAUGGAGAAAACUGAUUUCAAAACUUUGUCCACAAUGGACGACUUCUGGAAGUUCACAGAAGGCCCUUUGCUGGAUGGUCUUUACUGGGAGGUGUGGUACAACAACAAAACCAUGGCAGAAAACAAAAGCUUCAUUUAUUAUGAGAACCUGCUCCUAGGAGUGCCUCGCAUUCGGCAGCUAAAAGUGAGAAAUGGUUCCUGCGCAAUACCUGAAGAUUUGAAGGAUGAAAUCAAAGACUGCUAUGAUGUCUAUUCUGUAGCUAAUGAAGAUACUGCUCCUUUUGGGCUUCGAAAUGGAACAGCUUGGACAUACACCAGUGAGAAGGAUUUGAAUGGGAGCAGCCACUGGGGCUUGAUUGCCACAUACAGUGGGGCUGGUUAUUACCAGGACCUCUCAAGGACCAGAGAAGUGACAGCUGUGCAGAUUGCCAGCCUUAAGAAGAACCUGUGGCUGAACAGGGGGACCAGAGCAGCUUUCAUUGAUUUCUCGGUAUACAAUGCAAACAUCAACCUAUUCUGUGUUGUCAGGUUGUUAGUGGAGUUUCCAGCGACUGGAGGCCUUGUUACAUCUUGGCAGUUUCAGCCAGUGAGGCUGAUUCACUACAUCUCCACUUCUGAUUUUUUCCUGGCAGCCUGCGAAAUGGCAUUUUGUCUCUUUGUUCUUUAUUACAUGGUGGAAGAGAUCUUAGAAAUUCACAUUCAUAGACUGCACUACUUCAGAAGUCUUUGGAAUUGCCUUGAUAUUCUUAUUAUUGUGCUCUCUAUGGUUGCUAUAGCAAUUAGCAUCUAUAGGACAUCAACUGUUGAUAUGCUUCUGAAGAAGCUGCUGGAAGAUCAGAACUCGUUUCCCAAUUUUGAACCCUUGGCAUAUUGGCAAAUGCAAUUCAACAAUAUUGCUGCAGUCACUGUAUUUUUUGUCUGGAUUAAGCUUUUCAAAUUUGUUAACUUCAACAGAAUGAUGAGUCAGUUAUCCACUACCAUAUCUCGCUGUGUCAAAGAUAUCAUUGGCUUUGCUAUUAUGUUUUUUAUUAUUUUCUUAGCAUAUGCUCAGUUGGCCUAUCUUGUCUUUGGCACUCAAAUUGAUGACUUCAGCACUUUUCAGGACUGCAUAUUUACUCAGUUGCGCAUCAUUUUGGGAGACUUCAACUUCACAGAGGUUGAAGAAGCUAAUCGAAUUUUGGGACCAAUUUAUUUCACUACAUUUGUGUUCUUUAUGUUCUUCAUUCUUUUGAACAUGUUUUUGGCCAUUAUCAAUGAUACGUACUCUGAAGUCAAAUCAGAUAUGGCACAACAGACGGCAGAAAUGGAACUGUCUGACCUUAUCAGAAAGGGCUACAACAAAGCCAUGAUCAAACUUAAAUUGAAGAAAACUACUGUUGAUGACAUUUCAGAAAGUCUGAGGCAAGGUGGAGGAAAACUAAAUUUUGAUGAACUCCGACAAGAUCUAAAAGGGAAGGGGCACACGGAUGCAGAGAUUGAAGCAAUAUUUACCAAAUAUGACCAGGAUGGGGAUCAGGAAUUGACAGAGCAUGAACAUCAGCAGAUGAGAGAUGACCUGGAGAAAGAGAAGGAGGAUCUGGACCUGGAUAGGAGCUCUCUACCACGUCCUCUGAGCAGCCGCAGCUUCCCCCGGAGCUUGGAUGACUCCGAGGAGGAUGAGGAUGAAGACAGUGGACACAGUUCCAGGAGGAGGGGCAGCAGCUCUAGUGGGGUUUCCUAUGAAGAGUUCCAAGUACUCAUGAGGCGGGUCGAUCGCAUGGAGCAUUCUAUUGGCAGUAUCGUCUCCAAGAUUGAUGCAGUUAUUGUGAAGCUUGAAGCGAUGGAGAGAGCCAAACUGAAAAGGAGAGAUGUGUUGGGAAGACUGUUGGAUGGAGUGACAGAGGAUGAAAGACUGGGUCGUGACAGUGAAAUCCACAGGGAACAAAUGGAGCAGCUUGUGCAAGAGGAGUUGGACCGGUGGGAAUCGGAUGAUACAGCAUCCCAAAUGAGUCAUCGGUUGGGAACUCCGCUUGGACUGAAUGGCCAGCCCCGUUCCAGGAACUCUCGGCCGUCUUCCUCCCAGUCAGAUGGUGUCGAUGGGGGAGGAGGAAAUGGGGGGAAUAACGUCCAUGCGUAG